AUGAUGAAGAGACGCUACAGCACUAAAGAGGCGCUAGAAAUGAUCGUGGAGCCCGAUCCAGAGCCCGUGGAACACAACGAUCUAACCUCCGAAUCGGACACCGACACAGCUGAAGAGGAUGAGGAGUACCUCCCGGCGGCUGGCUCAUCCUCCACCAGCUCCCCCGACUUAUCUGACGGUGGGGAAGGGGAGACACCACCGGACCUGUCCUGGAGAUCCAAAAACGGGGAGAUCCAGUGGGCAGCCACAAACUCGGAGACCCUACAGUUUAACCCUUCGGGCACAGGGAUUACGCACGGACCCACCCGCUACGCCGUGGCCAGAGUUGGUGAAGUGAUAGACAGUUUUGAUUUAUUUUUCACCCCGGAGGUCACGAAACGUGUCCUAGAUUACACCAACCUGCAUGGGAGAAGGACGGUCCCGGACUGGAAGGACCUCGAUGCCACCACCGUGCGGGCUUACUUUGGACUGCUUCUGCUGGCCGGCGUGUAUCGGUCCCGCGGUGAAGCAACCCGCAGCCUGUGGAAUGAGCAGACGGGCCGGCACAUCUUCAGGGCGACCAUGUCGGCCAAAACGUUUGGAUUGAUAAGCCGAAUCCUGCGUUUUGACGACCGGCUGUCCAAACCGCGGCGCCGGGGAGCAGACAAGCUUGCUGCGGUCCGGGAAAUCUGGGAUCUGUGGACCAGCCGGCUCCCCCUGAUGUUUAAUCCAGGUGUGGACAUCUGUGUGGAUGAGCAGCUCGUGCCAUAUCGGGGACGCUGCGAAUUCAGGCAAUACAUGCCCAUGAAGCCGGCCAGGUAUGGCCUCAAAAUGUGGGUCACCUGUGACGUACAAACGUCAUAUGCAUGGAGGGUGUCUGUUUACACCGGCAGAGAAGCUGGUGCGCCGGCAGAACGAAACCAAGGACGGAGGGUCGUGUUGGAGAUGACGGAGGGGCUGAGAGGGGUGACUGUGACAUGCGACAAUUUCUUUUCCUCCUUCGGCCUGGCAGAGGAGCUGCUCCGCAGAAAGAUCGCCAUGGUUGGCACCAUGCGUAAAAGCCGACCAGAGCUUCCCCCUGAGCUCCUGAGGGUACGGAAGAGAGAGGUCCUCUCCUCCAUCUUCGCAUUCACCCAAACUCACACCCUGGUGUCCUACAUCCCAAAGCGGGGCAAAAACGUUGUCUUGCUCAGCACCAAACACCGGGCGCCGGAGAUCAGCGGCGAGAAGAAAAGGAAGCCCCAGAUCAUACUGGACUAUAACUGCUGCAAAGGAGGAGUGGAUACCAUGGAUGAGAUGAUCUCUACAUACAGCUGCAGGAGGAGGACCAGACGGUGGCCCUUGGCUCUUUUUUUUAACAUGCUGGACAUUAGUGCCCUCAACGCGUACAUUGUGUGGACGGCCAUUGAUCCAGCAUGGCACCGAGGAAAGUCCCACCGAAGGAGGCUGUUCCUGGAGGAGCUAGGGAAGAAACUGGUCAACCCCCAGAUGGCCCGCAGGGAACGCCUCCCACUGACACCAGGCGCCCUCAGCCUCGUCCUGGAAGCUCAGGCUGGCACAGGCAACACCACCAGCACCAGCACCAGCACCACACCCACAACUCUCCGUGUGAGGAGGCAGUGUGCGGUCUGCCCCACACGGAGAGUUGUGUUCUGCACAUGCAAGAUCUGUAAGAAACAUGUUUGCAAGGAGCAUUAUGGCACAGUUUGCAGCUCCUGCCUCCCCUGAACAGAUCGUUCUGUUAUGUUUAUUUCGUUAUUGUUAUUCAAGUUAUGGUUAUAAAUCUUGUUCUUGCUCUCUUUUGUGUUGUUCUAAUAAAUAAGUGAAAAUGUUAAAUGGGCAGUAGGUGAGGUUCUUUACAAAAGUAGAUCAUACUAAUUUAGAAUAUUGAACAGCUUUAUUUUGAUUAGCACAUUUUUGUGCAAUUUGACAGUGCAAAAAAAUGCAUAUAAAUAAAUGUCGCUGCUAAUAUUUCACAUAUA